UUGUAUCUAGACAAUGGCAUGGCAACUGAAACAACCGAGUUUCAUUGAUGGUGUGCAGUAAGACUGCGCUGAUAGAAAACACGACCAAUGAGAUCAAGAGACAUCAAUGGGGCCGAGUUGAACCGAUGCAGGGAUUGGGAUCAUUGUGAUGGGUCCGAUUGGCGACUUGGUUAGUUUGUCACGAGGAGCAUUGUUCCCUCCUUCGCCAACUUGCUACCCAGCGACACUCGGAACCGGACUCAGUCAGUUUGUAUUGAGCACAUGGCUCGCAUGAGUCGGGGCGUCGACGGGCCGUGGAUCUAAGCUUUCAUUCUCGCACCGAGACGCAAUCCGGUAUAAAGGAGGGCGGACGCAAAUUCAGGAAUCAUUAUCACCCAUUCCUCUUUCCUUGCUUCCUCCCCAUCGCACUCAACAUGCCUUCUAUCACCACUUUCCUUCAACUGUCCGCCCUCGUCGGCGCUGCGCUCGCUCUGCCGAGCAACAUGACCAUCAUCGAGAACGGCAAGCGCGCAACCUGCACGGUCAACAGCGUUGCCAGCUCGAAGAGCUUGAGCGGAUGCACCAACGUUGUCAUUCAGGGCUUCACGGUGCCUGCGGGCAACACGAUCACGAUUGCUGCCGCAAAGGGCGCGACCGUCACAAUGACCGGCGACGUCAUUUUCGCAAAGACGACCACUGCUGGUCCUCUCUUUACCUUGAACACCCCCGCGAUCAACUUCGUCGGAGGAAACCACAAGAUCGACGGCAACGGUGCCUCCUACUGGGAUGGCCAAGGAACGAACGGCGGUUCCUUCAAGCCCCACCCCUUCAUCAAGGUCAAGGGCUACGGCACCUUCAAGCAGUUCACCGUCCUGAACUCGCCGGCUCAGGCCAUUUCCGUCGGAACCACCGGCGGUGCAUCGACCAUCUCCCAAGUCACCGUCGACAAUUCGCUCGGCGACUCCAAGGGCGGCCACAACACUGAUGGAUUCGACGUGAGCGCCGACGACGUCACGAUCUCGUCGUGCACGGUCAAGAACCAGGACGACUGUCUGGCACUCAACUCGGGAAACAACAUCAUCUUCGAGGACAACACCUGCGCCAACGGCCACGGCAUCUCCAUCGGCUCGAUCGCCACGGGCAAGAGCGUGACGAACUUCCAGGCGCUCCGCAACACCGUCACCAACAGCUUGUACGGGAUCCGCAUCAAGGUUCAAGCUUCUGCCACGAAUGCCAAGGUUUCGAAUGUCCUCUACUCUGGCAACAAGCUCUCCGGGAUCACUUCAUACGGUGUGCUGAUUACCCAGAGCUACCCCGCCAACAACGGCACGCCUGGAACUGGUGGACCCAUCUCUGGCGUCAGCUUCUCCGGCUCCCCUACCACUGUCUCUGGGACCAGCAACGCAUACGGCCUGGUCGUUGACUGCGGUGCUUGCACUGGCACGUGGGACUUCUCUGGCCUCGACAUCACCUCCGCCGGCAAGGGCCACUCGAUCGCCAUGGACAAGGCCAAGAUCUCUGGCGGCACCUACUAAUCGCUUCGUUCUAUUCCUCACCAGAGGGAAGAGAUGCCCCGAACGAUUCGCCUCCCUCUGAGACUUAGCAAUCUGCAUUCAUUAGCUGUAUCUUCAGAAUUCUUCUAGCGUACUUUUCCAAACCUAAUACAUCUGUAUCGUUC